CUUUAAAUAUAUAUGCAAAGUUUAAAGAAUAACAAAAUACGCACUCACAUAAUCACCAGCAGAUAAAGAAGAAAUAAUAUUACUUUCCUCCCUCCAUCGCUUAAGGCAGAAAGAAUCAGUUUUCUUUUUUUUUCCUUUUUCAGCCACACCUGUGGCACGUGAAAGUUCCCGAGCCAGGGGGUCAGGGAUCAAAUCUGAGUUGCAUCUGCAAUCUACACCACAGCUGCACCAAUGCUGGAUCCCUAACCCACUGCUCUGGGCUGGAGAUUGAACUGGCACCUCCACAGAGACAAGCUAGAUCAUUAACCCACUGUGUCACAGCAGGAACUCCAAGAAUCCAUUUUCUCUUAACCUUGUCCAUCUAUUUUAUUCUUUAAAUUGCAGCAGGAAGGAAAUAUGCCUACUCUAUCCAAUCUGACACAGACCCUGGAAGACGUCUUCAGAAGGAUUUUUAUUACUUAUAUGGACAAUUGGCGCAGGAACACGACAGUGGAGCAAGAGGCCCUGCAAGCCAAGGUUGAUGCCGAGAACUUCUACUACGUCAUCCUGUACCUGAUGGUGAUGAUUGGAAUGUUCUCCUUCAUCAUCGUAGCCAUCCUGGUGAGCACGGUGAAAUCCAAGCGACGAGAACACUCCAACGACCCCUACCACCAGUACAUCGUGGAGGACUGGCAAGGGAAAUACAAGAGUCAAAUUCUGAACCUAGAAGAAUCAAGGGCCACCAUCCACGAGAACAUUGGUGCAGCAGGGCCCACAAGGUCUCCUUGAUCAGCGAGAGAGGCACAGAGCCAACGGCUGACAUGCAAAUAUGAAGAGACACCUGUGCCAUGGAGCAAAUCCAGUUGUCAUUGCUUAGAAGACACUAAGUUCCUCGCUCUCUGUUGGGAAGUUUCAUGGAGAUGAUGUGGUUUGUCAAUUAAGAUAGAGGACAUUUCAAUCUCAGUGAUUUUAUCCUUGCUCAUUGGAGCAACGUUUUAUGACAAAGCCUUCUUUUACUUUCUGAGUGAUGUAGAUGUCAUUUUAAUCAAUGUCAGUCCUGCUGUGGUGCAAUGGGAUCAGCUGUCUUGGGAGAGCCGGGUUGAAGGUUUGAUUCCUGAUCUCCUCCUCAGCAGGGCUGCUGAGGGAUUCACUGUUGCCGCAGGUGAGGCUUAGGUUAACGACUGUGGUUCAGAUCUGAUUCCUGGCCUAGGAACUCCAUAUGCCAUGGGGCAGCCAAACAAUUUAAA